UCCAUGGAUUUGGAGGAUAAAUAGAAACCCCAAAUCUAAUAUUUCAGUAUGAUACUUUCUUCUUUCUCUUUCUCAUUCUCUCAGUCGCCUCCCUUGUCCAACCUCAACUACGACAGUUACUGUUGCUACUGGAAUUUCUUCUUCCCGUCUUCCUUCUUUCUUAAACAUUUGAACUGUCAGUUUCAGGAAACUGACAUAAUUAUCGGUUAACCGAAAACCACUGGGAAAAACCGAAACCGGCUGGAACCAUUUGGAAACCGAACCAAUGGUUAAUGGUUUGGUUUGGUUUAGAUUUUUAGAAACCGAUAGUGUUGGUUUCGGUUUUGGUUUGGCUAGAAACCGAACCAAAACCGACCAUGAACAGCCCUAUGUUUGAACCAUCUUUUUCUUGCGGUCCCAGUUCCCAAACACGACGAAAAGUUAUACAUUUAUCCAGGUUAGACUCAGUCCCCAAACACGACCAAAAGUUAUUCAUUUAUCCAGAUUAGACUAUAUUGGAAGAGAAAUACGUGGCAAUUCGCAAGGAAGUGUGCGAGGCAAGAAAAAAGGGCUACGAUUUCUUCUUCUUUUUUUACCAUCGUUCUUAUUUUGAUCGGACCACGGUAAAAAUGAAAAACCCAACUUACCGAGACACAAGUGUAAACGAAGUGUAGAUACAAAAUAAAGCAUAAGUAAAGGAUAAAAUUUCCAUUCUCUCUACUUUCAUCAUCGGUCCGGAGAAACUCUUCUUUUCACUCAGUUAAGCAUCAUCGCUCUGCGAUUAGGGGUUUAACCAAAAUGAAACCCUAGAGAAGCAUCGCAGUAAAAUCAGUGAAAUAUUCGAUUUUCUAAUUUAAUUUCAUUAUCGCCAUAGAACAAUCUACCUCAGACGCUGUUACAAUCCUCAAAUCAGUCGCACAAAACCAUGGAAGAAUCGGGAAGCUCGUCGAUUGCUGACGAUGAAGGUUUUGAUAGAAUCAGUAAUUUACCGGAAGCUUUAAUUCAUCACAUUAUGUCUUUCCUUAUAUGAGAUGUGUGGUUCAAACAUGUGUUUUGUCGAAAAGGUGGAGGUAUGUAUGGCCUUCUGUUUCAAAUUUAGUCUUCAGAGCCGAUUCUUUCGGAGAACGUGGAGUGAAACAACUGAGGAAGUUUAGAAAGUUUGUUGAUAAGGUACUUAUGCUAAGAGGGCUUAAUGAUAUACAUAAGUUUCAUCUUCAUUGGGGGAAUUGUCAGACAGAUAAAAUAAUAAACGAACAUCUGAAUGCAUGGGUACUUGUUGCGUUAAGAUGUAAUGUUCAAGACUUAUCUAUUCAAAUUGAUGGUGAUGGGAACGGCCAUUAUGAUCUGCAAUUCAGGUUUCCACAAUCACUGUUUAAUUCUCAAUCAUUAUCAAAGUUGGUCUUAGAAAUGACUUGCAAUUAUGAAUCACAAGUUAUUCUUCCUGAAUCAAUUGAUUUACCUAGACUCAAGUUUAUGUCGCUUGGUUCGUUUUUUGUGGAGGAUGGAGGUUCGAUUAAUAAACUUAUCUCAAGCUGUCCAAUUCUUGAAUCGCUGAUAUUGAGAGAUAUUUGGAUAGAAGAUGGCUAUGAUAUGAAUGUUAAUAUUGAGUCUCAUGAACUGAAGCACUUCGAGAUUAUCAAUAAUAUUGACAUUCUUGUUUGGUCCCAUUAUAACAUGUCGAAGAUUAUCAAGUUAUCGACUCCGAACUUGACAUCAUUCAUCUGCAAAGAUUACAUGUUACAAGAGUAUUGUCUAGAGAACGUUUCUUCUCUAAUCACUGCUGAUAUUGAAAUUGUCAGAGAAGGUGAAUACGAAGCUCUUGAAUAUUAUGAUUUGGAGAUUUCAGAAGAAGGGAAAGAAAUAUUGUAUCCUAAGCGUACAAUGGAAUUCAUUGAAGCAUUUCUUAAUGUAAAAGAGCUGACAAUUUCAUCACCUGGAUUCGUUCAGUCCAAAGGUCUGUGUUUUGGUAGGAAUUUGAGAACAAUGAAAUGGUGUGUGUGUUGGUAUCUCGGGCAGAUUGGUGAAUCCACGUCUUGAACAAAUUAUUUACAUCAAGGUU